AAAAUGAAUCGAAUAUUGGCAGCCAUUUUCUUUAUGGGAUUAGCUUACGCAGCUUCUCAUUUAGCUUCCGAGAAUGCGUUAGAUUCAUCGGUCGAAGAUGAUUCGCCAUUCUUAGAUCGAUAUUCAGUUCACAGAACUCUCACUACCAAACAAAACAAGAGAGUGCCUCCACAGACAAUGCGCCAUACAAUAGCACGGGUGCUGAUGUUUUUUACGAUGAAUCAAAAGCUGAUGAUCUAUUUCCAUUAUUCGAAAUCAAUUCCCACAAAUAUCGCAUCACUAUAUCUCAAACUAUCCCGAUGGUGAUUGGUAUUGGACUUCUGGUACAAACUUCCAUGACCCAAACAAAUUCAUUUAUAAUUGGAUGUCAAAUAGUACAGUGGUCAAAGACAGCAUUGUAGAAUUCAUCAAGGAUGAACCAAAUGAUUGUAGAGCAGAUUGGUUAAAUGAACGUGAAAAUUGCUUGGAAUAGAACAAUGAUGGAAAGUUCAACGAUAAAUUCUGUAGUCAGAAAAGAAGUUCCAUUUGUGAAAAUUAAGUAUGAAUGCGAAUAAAAGAAAGAGUCUUACGGGAGUAUUACGAACUUUUCCGCA